AUGUCAGAGUCGAGUCCACUUCUCCGCCAGGACUCGGAGGGACACCGCUCACUCCAGAACCGCAUCAUCGACAUCUUCCGCAUUCCCGGCGGCCGAAGGGCUUCUCCAGGACCCGAUUCCAGUGAUGGUGGACAAGCUACUCCGGGGCUGGGAAUCACCACGACGAGCGAGCCUGACGCAAGAACCCGUCUCUUAGAGUCCUAUCAUCAGGCGGACCCGAUAUGCGGUGAACGGCGCUGUAGCCAUGGGACCUUCUCUCCCCGGCCAGAAGGAGCAGAUGGGCAGGACUACUCGGUGCCAUCCAGCGUUCACUUUGGAUACAAUAGCAAUGGAGAAACGGGGGAAACGCCUAGUCACUCACACGACCAUCCUGGAUCACGACCGGAUUCCGAGUACACGUCGCAAAUGAAGUCGUCCUUUUCCGCUCUAUCUAUGAACGAGGAUAAGAAACUGUACAUAUCAUAUUACAUCCCAUUCUUCAACUGGAUCAGCCAAUAUCGAUGGUCAUUCCUUCGUGGGGACCUGGUCGCCGCACUGACUAUCUCAUCCAUCUACAUUCCCAUGGCCUUGUCGCUGGCCUCCAACCUCGCCCAUGCGCCCCCCGUUAAUGGUCUCUAUGCCUUCGUGAUUCAUCCCUUCGUCUAUGCCAUCCUGGGAAGCUGCCCGCUAUUGGUGGUCGGCCCAGAGGCGGCCGGGUCCUUGCUAACGGGUGCUAUUGUCAAGGCUAGCAUGCCGAGUAGUAGCCCCAAAGAUGAUGAUCUCAUGGAAAGUGCUAUCAUCAUUGGAAUUUCCACUGCCAUGGCGGGAGCCAUGAUCCUGGUCGCGGGAAUCACUCGACUUGGAUUCCUGGAUAAUGUGCUGAGCCGACCCUUCCUCCGAGGUUUCAUCACGGCUAUUGGCUUUGUCAUUUUCGUGGACCAGUUGAUCCCGGAGCUGGGCCUUGCAGGGCUAGCUAAGGAGGGCGGGGCCAGUCAUGGCACCACUGUUGAAAAGCUGACAUUCAUCAUUCGCAACGCUGGGAGCAGUCAUGGACUCACGGCGACAGUCUCGCUUGUCAGCUUUUCUAUCAUCAUGUUCUUCCGAACGUUGAAAAAAUGGAUGAUGCCUCGAUUCCCUCAAGUGAUUUACUUCCCAGACCGUUUCAUUGUCGUCGUUCUAUCAGCAGUGCUAGCAUAUGCCUUGAACUGGGAGGAUAAAGGACUAGAACUUCUCGGACAUACCGAGAUCAGCUCCAGCCAACUCUUUGCCUUCAAUUGGCCAUUCCGAUUCGACCACAUGAAGCAUGUCCGUACCGCAAUGAGCAAGGCCUUUAUUAUCACCCUCUUGGGCUUCUUCGAGUCCUCCGUCGCGGCUAAGGGGCUCGGUGAUAGCAAGCCCGAUGGCAUCCAAGGCAUGCACAUGAGUGCAAACCGGGAGAUGGUAGCACUGGGCGUGGCCAAUCUGCUCGGUGGUUGCUUCAUGUCUCUUCCGGCAUUUGGUGGAUACGGCCGCAGCAAGGUCAACGCUCAAACUGGCGCACGCACUCCAAUGAGCAGUAUCUUCCUUAGCCUAAUCACCCUCAUCUCCAUUCUAGUGCUCCUACCAUACCUCUCCUACCUUCCUAAAGCCGUCCUCUCCUCCAUGAUCUCCGUUGUCGCCUACACCCUCGUCGAAGAAUGCCCCCACGACAUAAUCUUUUUCCUCCGCCUCCGCGGCUGGGCCGAACUAGUUCUCAUGCUCCUCAUCUUCACCGCAACAAUCUUCUACUCCCUCGAACUCGGCAUGGCCAUGGGUAUCGGCCUCUCCGUGAUAAUCCUCAUCCGCCACGCUACCCAGCCCCGAAUCCAAAUCCUCGGCAAAGUCCCCGGCACACACACUCGCUUCGAGAAUGCCGAACUCCAACGCGAAAAUGUGGAACUCAUCGAGGGCGCUCUUAUCGUUAAGAUUCCCGAACCACUUACCUUUGCCAAUACGGGCGAUCUUAAGAAUCGUCUUCGUCGGUUGGAGCUCUACGGCUCGAGUCGGACGCACCCGUCUCGUCCUCGUAUGCGUCCUGCGGAGUAUAACAAGAAUAUUAUAUUCGAUGUGCACGGCGUCACGAGCAUCGAUGGUUCUGGGACGCAGGUUCUUUACGAGAUCGUGCGUGCCUACGCAGAAGACGGGGUGAGGGUCUUCUUCUGCCGUGUGCCCAACUCCAACGUCUACCGUAUGUUUGAACGAAGUGGAAUCGUCGAACAGUGUGGUGGGCUCACCCAUUUCGUGCCUCAUGUUGAUGAGGCGCUGCGGUUGGCUGAAACUGAGGACCAGACUGAAAUCUAG